GCUCCAACAGAGCUCCCUGUUCCUGUUUGUGGCUCCGAAACACUCUGUUCUCUCACCAUUUCCUCAAAAAACUCCAACCCAAAUCGUUUCGUCCUUUUCGGAAGAAAUGGGAUUUGGUUUUCCGAUUUGGGUGUUGCAGAACUGGCGAAAUCGGAGACCAAUCGAAUCAAAAAAGUAAGAACAUAGAAGACGAAAGUGAUGAUGAAGACGAAUUGGAAACUCAUGUAAAAGUAGCAGCUCUCAAUUCAUCUUCGCCGCCCAAAAACGCAUUGUUGUUGACUAGAUGUAGAUCUGCACCGUACAGAUCUUCGUCGCUAGCGAGCCAAUUUUGGGGUUCGCCAUUGGAGGCAGCAUCGGAAACAGAGGAAGGUUGUGAAGAAGACAGAGCACUGCAGCACCUGCAGCAGAUGGAAAACAGAGAGGAAUCGGAGAGUGAAGUGAAUUGUGGAGAAUCAGAAGGAAAAUUGAGAUUUUCUCGGGAAAAUGAAGGGUCAAUCAAUGGGAAAUUCAAAGAAGAAAGUGAUAUUGGGGAAGUGGAAACAGGAGGAGCUGUGAUACUGCUGAGAAGGUGCAAAUCGGAACCAGCGAGAAGAGGAGAGAGGCUCAAUCUGGAGGCCAGCUUCUGGAGACACAGAAGGUUGGGUUUUGCUGAGCCUUGUUCACCAUAUGCUUGUGAUAAAUUAAUUAAUUAAUUAAUUGAUUGAUAUUAUUAUUAUUUUUUUUUGGGUUAAUGUUAUGUUUUGGUGACACCAAUAUAUUGAUAUAAAACAUACAUGUGACGCAUUAAUUCAAUCCAUGGAUAUACCACACAUGAUAAUGGCCAUAUAUUUGGUAUAAUUUAUUAA